ACCUUCUCGCGUUCCGUAGUCAGAGAGUGUAGCAUUGCGGAAACAGUCGCCUAUUUCCCUUUACAAUUGUAUUUUUUCUGAACUUUCGUCCGGAUUUUACACUCGAUAAAACCCACAGUGAUAUCUACAGUAGAAGAGGUGGAAGAAUUCGGACUUUAUUGUUGAUCGCUGAUGCUGAUUAGCUACUUUGCUAGCUAGUUUAGCAACCUGCAACUAAGUGUCGGACUGUAAAAAAUAAGACUUGGAGUUAGCGAUGGUAAAACGCACAGUGCGCACUUGUGGUAUUCUGUUUUUUCUGUGUCUGCUGUUCGGAGACUUUGUGUGGGGAUGGUUUCACAACAACAACAACAACAACAUUCAGGACAAAACGCAACCAUCACAACAUAAGCGCGUCAGUAAGGUGACACCGGACAGUGCGGACCAAAGCUGUUUUUGUCAUUUGACAGGUGUUUUGGACGACUGCUUCUGCGACGUUGAGAGCAUCGAUGUCUUCAACAACUUCAAGAUUUUUCCUCUCAUACGCAAGCUAAUUGAAAGAGACUUCUUUCGAUACUACAGGGUGAACCUGAAGCGUCCGUGCCCGUUCUGGCCAGACGACGGCCACUGCUCUAUCAAGGACUGUCAUGUGGAGCCCUGCCCAGAGAGCAAGAUUCCAGUGGGAAUUAAAUCAGGCAACUAUAAUAAGUACUCUCUCGCUGCGAACGCUAUCAGAGACAUUGAGGAAUGUGAACAGGCUCAUGAGCUGGGUGCCAUUAACAGCACACUGAGUAAUCAAAGUAAAGAGGCAUUUGAGGACUGGGCUCAUCAUGAUGAUGCCCAGGAUCAUUUCUGUGGCCUGGAUGACGAGACAUCACCUGAUGCCGAGUAUGUGGAUCUAACGUUAAAUCCUGAACGCUACACUGGAUAUAAAGGCCCCUCUGCGUGGAGAGUGUGGAACAGCAUCUAUGAGGAGAACUGCUUCAAGCCAAGGUCUGUGUAUCGGCCUCUUAACCCCUUGGCUCCAAGUCGUGGUGAUGAUGAUGGUGAAGGCUUUUACAACUGGCUGGAAGGAUUGUGUCUGGAGAAGAGAGUGUUUUAUCGGCUCAUUUCUGGCCUCCACAGCAGCAUUAACAUCCACCUGUCUGCUCAGUACCUCCUGGAUGAGGGCUGGGGCAAAGCGAUUUGGGGCCCCAAUGUGCACGAGUUCCGCCAGAGGUUUGACUCUGCCGAGACCAAGGGUGAGGGAACUCGCAGGCUGAAGAACCUUUACUUCCUGUACCUGAUCGAGCUCCGAGCGCUGUCCAAAGUGGCGCCGUAUUUCGAGCGCUCAUUCAUUAACCUCUACACUGGCAAUGCACAGGAAGACUCUGCUACCAAAGAGCUGCUGCUGCAGAUAUUCAAUGAGACCAAAGCUUUCCCCAUGCACUUUGAUGAGAGCUCCAUGUUUGCAGGCCACAAAAUGGAAGCCAAAAGGUUAAAGGAAGAGUUCAGGCUUCAUUUUAAGAACAUUUCUCGUAUAAUGGACUGCGUGGGCUGCAGUAAAUGUCGACUGUGGGGGAAGUUACAGACCCAAGGACUGGGCACCGCCCUCAGGAUCCUCUUCUCUGAGAAAGAGAUCAAGAAUCUUCCAGAAAAUAGUCCCUCUAAAGGCUUCCAGCUCACACGCCAGGAGAUUGUAGCUUUGCUUAAUGGCUUUGGGAGACUCUCCACCAGUAUAAGAGAGCUGCACAACUUCCGAACUCUGCUGAAGGACAAGAAGCACCAGAUGAUGUCAGCCCAUAGGACACUGCAAUAGUUUCAUCUUCCUCAGAGGGAGGCCUUUAUCAGGGACUUUAAAACUGAAUGUGGCCAAGAGAAACUCCCCUCUGCUGAGCUCUCCAAAUCCCUCUGCUCUCUUCUGCUUUUCUCUGCUGCCCAGCUAACAGGAAAAAAAAAUACCCAGCAAACCGUCAGCUUCUGAUGAAAACAGGAAGCAGAGGCUGGACCAGAGUUCACACAAUACGCCUUUCCCAACCAGCGCUUCAGAAUUCACACCUUUUUCUCUAUGGCUUCGUAAAAAAUACUUGGGUUUUUUUGUUUGUUUGUUUUGUGUUUUCAGGGUUUUGUGUGUGUCUGCGAGAGAGAGCAGGGAUGUUAAAUGUUUGUGUGUAUGUGAGAUCGUGUACACAUAGGAGGUCAUUUAGGUGAUCAGACAUAAUGUUUCCUGGAACGCUUACUAUUUUCCUAAAUAUUUUUAUGCAUUUAACACCUCAAGAGGCAAGUCACCAUAAAUUCUAAACUGGCUUUCAUAUCAACAUGGAAUUCUGCCAACAGGACCAUAGGUUUUCUAAUGUACUGUAAGGAAAUGUAGCAUAAGUUACAACUCUGAGCAACUCAUAACAAGCAAUAUGGAUACAGUCUAGGAUGUCUUUACACUGUCUGCAGUGGCAAAAAAAAAAUUUCUAGAAUGAUCGAACUUCAGUAUUAAUGUUAAAUACUUAAUUACAUUGUUCGCAACCCAAAGCUUUUCUAAAAAAAAAAAAAGGAGUCUUAUUUUAUGUCGCAGGAUAUUUCCUCUUCAGACUGUCCUGUAUAAGCCAGAUGUGAGGGCUUUAUUUGCUAAUUUUUAACUUUACAAGACUCAUAUGUGAAGGUGUGUGUGUGUGUGUGUCUGUCCGAUUGAAUGUCUUUCUUCGUUACAGUGAGAUCUGGACCAAACAACCCACUUGUUGGUUCUCUUGUGGUGUCCACUUGAAGUGUGUAAGUGAAAGCUGCCAUAUUUUUUUCUGUACACACAAUACAGUAAACUCAACAACUGUAGUCACCCUUCAUGAAAAUACCUCAAGAGUUAAAGUAUGGAAUGAAGCCGACGUCUAAUGUGUCUAAUAAUUAAUUUCAUGAUUCCAAUGAUCAUAUUGGAGCGCUGCAUGCUGUUAUAAUGUUACACAAAACCUUUAUUAAAAAGGAAUUUAUGUUUUGUUUUGCAAAAUAUAGAUUUGGAGGUUACGCUUCCCUUAGUCUAAGAAUGUCUGAAAGAGAAUGACGUAAUAUGUAAUAUCCAAUGCCACAGCCAUACAUGGGAGGAAUAGUGUAUUAUCUCUCCCCUGUCAAUCACAGAGACUUUACCCAGACGUGGGCAUCUUUGAGCUCAUGUAUGGGGCUCGUGAUGGUGCUUUCCUCCGAGUGUGUUUUGCUGUGCUGAAAAGAUCCGGUUGUCUUUCCAUGUCUCAGAUGAAGCACCUGUUAGACUUCACUCUCCCUGAUUGGUAGCUGCUGUGUGAUGUGGAGAACUGGCUGGAGGGUGGGAUUUGACAAAAUUAGGGUGAAAAUGGGAUUAUAUUUUAUUAUUUGUUUAAUUUGUCUGAAUUACCUUUCAUUUUAUUUUACGUUAUUAUGAAGCAAAGCUAAGUAGUUCCCCCGAAAUGAGUAAGCUUGUAUUGCUAAUAUUAAUUUCAAUGUAUAUUUAUACAUUUUUUAUUUUUUUUCCUUAGCUUCUGCAGUCAGUUUGGCUGUUUUUCAUGAAGGGUGAUUAAAGUACACGAGGUCACGGUUUAUACACUGAGUUGCCAGUUUAUUGGGUGCACUUUCUAAGCAUAGGUUACUGAUCUGUUAGCUCCUUUUUAUCCUGUAACUGGAGCACCAUCAUACCUCCAAGAACCAUACUGUUUGUUUCGUGGUAGAUUAGUUUAAGUCUAAUAAACUGGCAGCUUAUUCACGUGUAUUCCUUUUUGUUCAUUCUCAUGAAGAGUGCCAUAUAUGAUACUUGAGUUGACUCUACAUGGAACACUGGUCUAUGAUGUUGAAGAAUGGAUUACCUGUAAUCAUGAAGAGAUGGCUAUGAGCAGCUAUGAAUGUGUGUGUGUGUGUGUGUGUGGGGCGCUGCAUGAUUUAUAGAGCAUCACCACAUCCUGUGUGUUCCACUUGUCUGCCUUAACAUUACAAAACACAAUUUUGGAAGCAGCUCACACACAUAAGCUUUCUUCUAAACGGAUUGUGUCUUUAGAUUUUGUUAUAUCAUGUUCCUACAUUUUCUCUUAUCUAUUCUUCCACAAGCCAAAGCAUCAGUGAUGAAGGGAGCACUAAACGCCACUCAAAAUCUGAUCAGUCCUGAAACUGAGUUCUUUUCAGUCACAGUGAUUUCUACCUUCUGUGCUUUAGAUGAGCAAUACCAGCGAUUUUUAAUAGAAAUGUUUAAGAAAGGAUUAUAUAGGAAAAAGGCUUUCAGAGUACUGGGGAUCAGACUGAACAUCAUUGCAUUGAACUGACCGCACCUGAGGUCAUUUUGAAGCCAGUCUGCAGGUGACGAAUCACAAGGAUGCUCCUUCAGAAUGAGUGUGAUCUGAUGCUAAUUUCUUUUUUGUUUGUUUUGUUUUGUUAAUUGGCCCACAUUUUGCACCAUAUGUAAAAUAAGGAUUUUUUUUUCAGCUCUCUUCACUGUCUGUGUGCAUAAUAAUGGCUCAUUUGUUUAUUUGUGGACUUGUCAAAUCUAUUUAUUUAAAAGGAGGAAUAAAUCUGUCAGUCGA